GGGGCCUACAAGACGCAAAACAAGGUAAAUGGAGCUAGUUUGGCACUUUUACUCGAAAAAUACCAUGCACUGUCUACGCAACUUCAACGGGAAAUGAAUUUUGGUGAACAUUUUACAGAUCGACGUUAGUUUCAUCAUUCUUGUGUGGAAAUGCGUGUCGCUGACCAUGCACAGCGUGUCCUGUCUACCUUGAAUCAGCAGAGGGCAGCAGGGAGCUUCUGUGAUGCCUUGCUGAAAGUGACCGAUGGGGUGGUCUACACUGCCCAUCGUAGUGUCCUGGCCUGCUUUAGUCAAGUCUUUCAGGCGGCCAAUAUGGCCACUGCCUCGCCCAGCGUGGAGUUCCACCUCCAUGAGUGCUCCAGCGAAGGCCUCGAGCUGCUGCUGGACUUCGUCUACACAGGGGAACUCAAGCUGGAUCCGGGUGUCCUGGACAAUGUGCAGAGUGCAGCCUCCAGUUUGUGUAUCCCUGAAGCGCUUGCAAUGUGUCAGCGCUUUAGGGACAAGCCAGUUGACGGCGUCUCUCUUGUCAAGCGAGGGCGAGGCAGACCGAGAAAGACAAAAUCUGAGGACUUCUCCGUCUCUGGUGAAGACACAAACAAACUGACAGCGACUAAAGAGGAAUCUGUCCUAGAGGGGGUCGGAAAUGACUUGAAGCCCUCCGUCACCGCUGCGACUACCCGCUCGGGCCGUGUGGUCAAAGAGCCCAGACGGAUGAUCUCUGAAGAAGAUGCCUCCUGUGAUCUCCUGGCCAGCGAGGAAGCUCUGCCUCCGUUUUCAGAGCGUGCUGAUGAGCAGGGUCAGAACACUGAGCAGCAAAUAGAUCAAACUCAGAUUAGCGACCCGCCGAGCCACAUGAACGAUUCAAUGGCAGUUGAGGACGAAAGCGUCCGUUUUGACUGGACUGUCCACGACUCUGAUGAAGAAUACGUACCCAUCAACAAGUCCAGUCCCACUGUGGCAUCUGCAUCAAGAAAUCGACAACGCCGCCCCAGUUUGCGCAAGAGCGGCGAGGAUGAGACGGCGGACGGAGGAGAAUCCGAGAACUCCGUGCACUGUCCUAUCUGUCACAAAGUCUUCAAGAGCAAAUAUUACCUCAAAGUGCACAACAGACGUCAUACUGGCGAGAAACCGUUUGGUUGCCACAAUUGCGGGAAGCACUACUUCAGAAAAGAGAAUCUUUUAAUUCAUGAGCUCAGGCACUGUGCCGCAACACAGACAUUCACGUGUCAGACGUGUUCGACGUCAUUCAAAGGAAAAGAGGAGCUGCGUGCACACAUGGUCUCCCAUGCUGAACAGAUGCCCUACAAGUGUACACAGUGUGCUGAACAAUUCAUGUAUAAGAAACACUUGACGUGUCACAUGAUGAAGGUCCACGGCCACCCCAAACCACAUGCUUGCCCACAGUGCCCGAAAACCUUCUGGACUCGCUACGAGCUGCGAGUCCACGAAGCCGCUAAGCACCGUGGGGAAAAGCCGUUUGUGUGUGAGGAGUGUGGGCACCGAGCAUCCAGUCGCAACGGCCUGCAGAUGCACAUCAAGGCUAUCCACAGAAAUGAGCGGCCCUUCCUUUGUAGCAUCUGCGGCCAUGCCUUUUCCCAGAAAAACAACCUAAACAUGCACCUUCGCGUGCAUAGCGGCGAAAGACCAUACCAGUGUCACCUGUGUGGCAAAACAUUCCGCACGCAAGCCAGCCUGGAAAAACACCACCGCACGCACACGGGCGAGCGGCCCUUCCCCUGCGACGUGUGCGAGCAGCGCUUCACCGAGAAGGGCGCCCUCCUUCGCCACAAGGCCAGCAAGCAUGAGGAGGGACGCCCCCACUGUUGCCACAUCUGUAGCAAGACCUUUAAAGCCAAAGAACAACUGCGCGUGCAUCUGGGUCGCCAUAAGGGUAUGAGGAAGUUCGAGUGUGGCGACUGCGGCUACAAGUUCACCCGACAGGCACACCUGCGUCGACACGUUCAGAUCCACAAGCGGACUGAGAACUACAACCCGCGACAAAGGAAGCUGAGGAACGUGGUCGUGGAUGAGCAGGACGAAGGUGCGGGUGACUUUGAAGCCACCAAACCCGAAGAUCCUUUGUCAGUCACUCCGGAAGCGGUUGGCUCCACAGCUGCUGGCGGCACAGAGUCCACUUGUGUGGUCGCUGCGGUGAUUGAAUAGAGAGUUUCAACAGUAAAUGAUAGAAAAUAUUUGAACUCAAAAUCAGGACAGGAUUCUUCUCAUCUACCUGUUCCUUAAUACAGCAAUCAAGGACAAUUGAAAAAUAAGGCAUUGUGCUGAAAAUAUCCUUACCUGGGAAAAAAUAGACUCAAUAUUUUUUAAAUGCAUGAUUUAUUUCGACAUUCAAGGUGAAUGCAUCAUGCUACACUUGCUAUUAAAUAUAUUUAAAUAUAAAA